AUGGGCUUCCCCACGGACGGGGUGGACAACAACGGCUGGAAGCUGUACAUCACGUCACUUGUUGCCAUUAUUGUCGCGGGGAUGAUGGUGAUUUCACGCUGUGCGGCCCGGCUAUGGUUGAGUAAGCUUGGCUGGGAUGAUGCUUCCAUCGUUCUGUCUCUUUGUUUCUCGAUUGCCCUGUCGGUGUCGAUACAAUUGGCCGUUGAACAAGGCUACGGCAUGCACAAGUCUGACCUGACUAAAUCGGAACUUCGCAGGGCACUGCAAUUGUUUUUCAUUGCGCAGACUCCCUACAAGGUCACAGUGUGGCUGAACAAAAUCUCAGCAGUCCUGCUGUACCUUCGUAUCUUUAUAUCGCGCGGCUUCCGGGUAUCAGCGUAG